AGCCGACACCAUGACGAAGAAAGUUGACGAGCCUUCAAUUGACCAAAAGUUCGCCCUUAUUACAGGAUAUGGGCCCUUUAAAUCUUUUAAGGUGAAUCCCUCGUAUGAAUCUGUCCGUAAUUUGCAAGCUAGGGUGUUCCCAGGCCUAGGCCUUGAUAACAACGAAGGACAUCAACAAAAUGAGGUUCUCGUUCAUGUCAUGGAAAUCCCCGUCGAGUACCAUCGUGUGCAUGCCAUAGCGCCAACAUUCUUCAAUGCUGCAAGUUCCCCACGUUUUGUUCUCCAUGUUGGAGCUAGUGGGCAAUUGAAGCCCGCCCACAUGGUAUUCGAGACUCGUGCCAGGAACGGGCCAUACAUGUCAAAAGACGUCGUCGGAGACCUUCCCGAAGGAAAUCAAUGCUUUCCGCCUGAAGGAUUGGGGAAUGUGGGAGAGCAUACGGUUGAAGAAGAGCUACGGGUUUGUCCAAAGUUACUGGCCCAAGUCGUUGAACGAGUACAACAGGAGCUGGAUAGUCUAGGCGACACUCCAAACACGCCUUCCAAGUCAUCAUCUGAAGUACCGACGGAAAGUGAAGAGAUAGCGAAAAAGAAUGAUACUGGAGAUGUUCCUGACGUUGAACAGACCUUUGAAGUUUCAAAAGGACUGUGGAAGGUUGGGACCAGUACGAAUGCCGGCCUCUAUCUCUGUGAGUACAUUUUCUACCAUGGGAUGCAUUGGGCCAAACGCCGUUGGGAAGUAGCCCCUCCUGUAUUUUUUCUCCAUGUCCCAUCGGUAGAUGUAGAGAAAGGACAUAGACCGCAAGAGGAACUGAAUCGUGCUAUAGAAUUAGUGGUGAAAGCCUUGUGUGCAGUUUGCUGAUGUAUCUAAGUAGAAAACAAUUUUCAAUGUCCUGCUAUGUACCUCAUCAUGUAGAUGCUUUCUAGUGUAGAGGUGAUAAAAAAUGGCACUAAGACCCAUUAUUAUCCGGAUAGUCCGGUUAAUCAUAUCGCAUAAUCAGAACCCCC